AUGGAUGUUCCAGGUACGCGUCGGAGACCGAAUACAUAUGGAAAAGGUGGUAGGAAGAUCCAGGUCCACGACAUUUUCGACUUUGGUGGUCAGUCCUCAUAUCAAUCCACAACCGCAGUCUCCAGUCUCCGAGGCCCUGGUCAGCCUGAGCAGCCUGAUCCACCUCUCACCCAUGCCGAGAUCUCUCGACCUGGAAUAGAAAGCAUGGCCAGCAACGCAACCAGCUACAGUCGCAGAGAUCAGAUUGGAGGGAAACUCGCCACGUCGCUCAGCGCAAAGACUUCAUCGCAUUCGCCUUCGAAAUCAAUAUCCCCAUCGUCGCUGUUUGAAAUUCAAACUUCCGAUGAGGAGUCUUCAACCCCCAAAGCGAAGCGCCCUUUGAAGAAGCGAAAAGUCGUUUUUGCCGUAACAGACUCUCCCGCUGAGGCGAAUGUGACAAAGGCGGGGAAAGCAUCAGUACCUGGAAGCUAUUCGGAUGGUCAUAAUCUGAAGAUGAAGGUGCCGCGAAAGCAAAUGGGAAGUGAAGCGAUAGGAAAAGGCGCAUCUCAACCGCUUGACAACGCAGUGACAAAGGCAGAUUCGAGGCCGAGGAAACAGGCGCCUAAGACGACGAAGCCCAACACCAAACAGCCCACUGACCAAGAGGAGAGACGACGACGGACGCGACCAGUCUCGCCAGACUUACUACCCCCUACGAAACCAGCCGCCCAUAAGCCUUUUCGUGUCAGCAGUGAGUCUUCUACGCAUAUCUCGGACAGUUCCGAGUCGCCAGCGUCGUCACGUCACAGCACUCCGAAGCGACGGCGAGUUGCCCUCGAUGAAGGCACCACCGAUUCUCCAAGCCCAUCAGACCUUCAGAUGACCUCUUUAAGAUUGGCCUCUGAGAAGUUUCGACAGGACUUGCAGAUAUCCUCCGAUGACGAGGAAAUGAUAGAUGCGCGUCGGACAACUCGUCUUCCACCACGAAGCCGCAAAAGACUCGUGGAUAGAUUGGAUGCUCCUGCAGCUCGGAAUGUGGGGGGGAUGGCUUCAAACGGUCCUUCGCAUCUAGGAAACCCCUCAAAACAACCAUUCAGCCACCCGGUCAGUGGCACGACUUCCCCGGGCAAGACUGGUGCAGCUCCUUCGUCGCUGAGGGCCGACACAGGACCCGUGAAUACCUCCAAUACCGCCGCACCUGGUCGUCCACGUGCAACGUACGCGAAACAACGGUCGUAUCUCAGCGACAUGGUUGACAGCCUGGAGAACCAGCCUGGUUCUCUUAGCCAACCCUCGUCUCAGCCAGACUACCUUUCUCAAAUGUCAUUCACCACUCUGGACUCCCAGGUAGAUCUUGUCCACCAGGACAGUGAUGAUGAUGAUUUCACACAAAUCAAGAGCAUCCACGAGUUGCGGCGAGGAGGCGCUAUCCGGAAGUUCGACCUUGAUUUACACACCAUUGUAGAAGACGUUGAGGCAAAAUCCAGGUCCUUGCGCAUUCAAGCCCUCAUACAGCUAAACAGGAAAUUAGAGGACCUCAGCCUCUGCCGGCAUUUCCAAGACUCCAACACCUUUGUCCGCUUCCUGGGCUGUGCACACAGUGGGUUGGAUGAUGUGAGCGCCACUUUAAUGGCUGUUGUGUUCCAGAAAAUGUCGACUGCCGAAUUCUCAUCUCCAAAGACCGGUCUCCAGAUAUUGGGCGCACUCGACCGGCUGCCUUUGCACCUGCUUUCGGAGAGCAGGUCGCUAUCUAAACUUGCAAAGGACAGAAACCAAAAUCUCUCCAAACUGCUUCUCAGAGACGUUGCACACUUUACCGAGCAAAUUGUCGAUGACGACGGCCCGCCUUGCAUGUCUGUCAAUACUGUCUUCCUCCGAGCGAUUGACGGUGUUCUGCGUAGUUUGAUCAAGCUAAAGGAGCCUCUUCCUCGAUUGCCCCGCCCGUUGCUCGACGGAAUCCUGGGCGCGCUGACGAAUACGGAGGAAGACAUGCAAGCAAGGUCAGGCAGAGACAGCCAAGCUGACGCUACACAGCUGUUACUGGCAAUCCUAGAGAUGGCCUGCGCCAACCAGGAAUUGCUCGGGUCGAGUCUGUCAAAUUCUCGCAUUUCUGAACUUGGUGACCGCAUUGCAGGCAUCCUAAUUGAGUCUCGCGACGCUCAACCGCUUAUGGAACAGUCGUGUCUUCGACUCAUUGUGACCCUGAGCAACAACGAACCGAAAGUCUGCAAUGGUCUUACGAAUGGGAGACUGAUAGACACUGUUUUCCAAGUGAUCGAAGACCGUUUCUCCACACUAGCAGGGCUAGCUGCUCGAGAGGAGGCCUUUGACCCUGCCCAGCUGGACUCCGCGAUACUUGCGGUUGGCUGUCUCUUGAACCUGGCAGAGUGUGCGGAGGCAGCACGAGAGCAGAUGCUAGAACCGGGCGCCGGCGGUAAGAGCCUAGUUGAUCGGUUGGUGGGCAUGUUCAAUGGUCAUGUCGACCAGACAUCUGAGGCCAUGACCAUGCCCCAGACACACGUCUUGGUGGCCUUUGGAUACAUCUCAGCAUUGCUCUGCACCCUGUGCCUCAAUGCACACGCACGCAAGCGCAUCUCGGAUUCCAUCGUAGGGGAGGGACUUGCAGAGCUAUUUGGACAGGCCGCGACCUUCCUUAACCAUCUGCAGACGGUAGAAGCUGCUCUUGCCGAUAACGGAGGGUCUGCCUCAGGCUUCACUGCGCGUUUCACGGCAGUCCUCGAGAGCGUCGAGCGUGAGGCCAUAUGA